AUGGUGUCCUUGUUCAAAGCACUGUCCAUGACUCCGAGAACCGAAGUUACCGAAGAAUUCGAAGCGUCGACAAAGAAAAGAAAGUGGGAGGAGCCGUUUACUGAAGAAUUCUUCAUUGAUAAGAAAUCUACCUUCGAUAUAAAGCCUCGCCUCAAAACCAUGUUUCCGUCCGAUAAAUGGCGUCAAUACAUUAGUAUUCAGUCUGGGCAGAUACAGCUGUGUAACACGAAACUGGACGAGGCUGCGACGGAAGACUCGAGACGAAGCCUUCGGACACCUCCUUCUGAUCAGAUGAGCUUAGACUUAGAGCUAAACCUGACAUGUGAAUCACAGAGGAAAAAAGAAAACAAGACAUGUUGUGAUGACGUAUCUGAGAAGCGUAAUUCUGGUAAUUCUAAUUCCCCUAAGAAUUUGAGAGAACGUGAUGAUCUUUGUGCUGAGUCAAACAAGUGUAAGAAAGAUUCGCCAGGGGGUUUAAAUGGUUCGCCGUCGUGGUUGUCGACGACCGAGGGAGAUUACAAAGAGAUGGUUGCAACAGUUUGUAUGCAGUGCCAUAUGUUGGUAAUGCUAUGCAAGUCAUCACCUGCUUGUCCUAACUGCAAAUUCAUGCACUCACCAGAUCAGAACCCUUCGAAAUUCUUGAAGAGCAGGUGCAGCUUCUUCUGUUCUAGUUAG